AUGGAUUCGAAAUAUUUUAUAUGGUGUUAUUCGCUCUACUUGCUGAUAUACUUGACGAGCUUGUGUCCUAAACUAUCUGGAAAACAUGUGUACAGGAGGCCUGAAGAUAAUUAUGGUAAUGAGGAACCAAGAUACGUUGGUCAAGAAGCAAUUAAAACAUUAGUGGUUCACGAACUGUUUGAACGAUCAAUUAUGGAUUCAGAAUCAAAAGAAGAAACUACAAAGAAGCCUUUGAUGGCAAGGAUAGGGACAUUUUGUGAAACACAGGAAUGUGUUGAAAAGAUGUCGGAAUAUGAAAAGUUUUUAAAAGACCAUGAUUAUGGAGUUAUAUCUGGUAGAUUAGGUUGA